CCAGGGCGUGGCGGUGAACCAGCUCAUGCACCACCCUCCACCAACAAAAAUCAACACCCGUGCUUGUUCCUUGCCUGUCUCCUUACCUACCCACACAACUCCGGAUCGUGAAGCUCACCCGCAGCUCGUGAUUUCUGCCGCCUCCGAAAGCUCGCCGUACACUUCACUCGUCGACACCCCCACCAUCGUCAACAUGCGUGAGAUUGUUCACCUCCAGACCGGCCAGUGCGGCAACCAAAUCGGUGCUGCUUUCUGGCAGACCAUCUCUGGCGAGCACGGCCUCGACAGCAACGGCGUCUACAAUGGCACCUCUGAGCUCCAGCUGGAGCGCAUGAGCGUCUACUUCAACGAGGCCUCGGGCAACAAGUAUGUCCCUCGCGCGGUCCUCGUCGAUCUCGAGCCCGGCACCAUGGAUGCCGUCCGCGCUGGCCCAUUCGGCCAGCUCUUCCGCCCUGACAACUUCGUCUUUGGACAGUCUGGUGCUGGCAACAACUGGGCCAAGGGCCACUACACCGAGGGUGCUGAGCUCGUUGACAACGUCCUCGACGUCGUCCGCCGCGAGGCCGAGGGCUGCGACUGCCUUCAGGGCUUCCAGAUCACUCACUCCCUGGGCGGUGGUACCGGUGCCGGUAUGGGUACUCUGCUCAUCUCCAAGAUCCGCGAGGAGUUCCCCGACCGCAUGAUGGCCACGUUCUCGGUCGUCCCCUCCCCCAAGGUCUCCGACACCGUCGUCGAGCCCUACAACGCCACCCUGUCCGUCCACCAGCUUGUCGAGAACUCGGACGAGACCUUCUGCAUUGACAACGAGGCCCUCUACGAUAUUUGCAUGCGCACCCUCAAGCUGUCUAACCCCUCGUACGGCGACCUUAACUACCUGGUCUCCGCCGUCAUGUCGGGUGUGACCACGUGCCUGCGCUUCCCCGGCCAGCUCAACUCGGAUCUGCGCAAGUUGGCCGUCAACAUGGUUCCCUUCCCUCGCCUGCACUUCUUCAUGGUCGGCUUCGCGCCCCUGACCAGCCGUGGUGCCCACUCCUUCCGCGCUGUCAGCGUCCCUGAGUUGACACAGCAGAUGUUCGACCCCAAGAACAUGAUGGCUGCCUCUGACUUCCGCAACGGCCGCUACCUGACCUGCUCUGCUAUCUUCCGUGGUAAGGUCGCCAUGAAGGAGGUCGAGGACCAGAUGCGUAAUGUGCAGAACAAGAACUCUACCUACUUCGUCGAGUGGAUCCCCAACAACAUCCAGACGGCUCUCUGCGCCAUCCCGCCCCGCGGCCUCAAGAUGUCGUCCACCUUCAUCGGCAACUCGACCUCGAUCCAGGAGCUCUUCAAGCGCGUUGGUGAGCAGUUCACUGCCAUGUUCCGUCGCAAGGCUUUCUUGCAUUGGUACACUGGAGAGGGCAUGGACGAGAUGGAGUUCACUGAGGCCGAGUCCAACAUGAACGACCUUGUCUCGGAAUACCAGCAGUACCAGGAUGCCGGCAUCGACGAGGAGGAGGCUGAGUACGAAGAAGAGGCUCCCCUUGAGCACGAGGAGUAAGAGCCUACUCGAUCGUGCCCUGGGGCAUUUUUUUGCCAGACGUUUCCGUUGCAGAGCCGGCAGGGUCAUUUCACUUCGGGUUGUGAGAUUGUGCGCAGAGGUUGUAGAUACCUUAUUCAGACGAUGCGAUCAUAGCACGCAACCAAAUAACAAGUACUCGAGUACAAAUACGUGUGUUUGAGUUGCAGUGCUGGGGC